AUGCCACCAGGGGGAGGAGAAGCAAGCCAGCAUGGCCGCACGGGGAAGGAGCAGAGCGAUCCGCCGGAGAUCCGCCGCCGCGACGACUCCCGUCCCGCGCCGCCGUUCCCCGUCGUAGCUUCUCAGAAGAGGAGGCAGACGCAGCCGGCGUCGGAGGUGGUGAGCGUCCCCGAGGGCCCCCUCGUCGAGAUCCUGGCGCGGCUGCCCUACCCGUCGCUCUGCCGAUUCAAGUGCGUCUCCAAGCAGUGGCGCGUCCUCUGCUCCGACCCCAGCAUCGUCAAGAGGGCGACGCAGACCCUCUCCGGAUUCUUCCAAUACGGCCCGGCCGGCAGCCUCCGCUUCAGCAAUCUGUCCGGCGGACGUCCGCUGGUCGACGCUUCGCUCCCUUUCCUGCGCCCGAGAUACCAAAGGAUCAAUAUCGAGCAAUGCUCCACCAGCCUUCUCCUCUGCAAAUGCUGGAAACUGGAAUCGGAAAAGGACAAAUUCGAUUUCAUCGUGUGCAAUCCGAUGACCCAACAGUGGACCGUGCUGCCUCCUAUUGAAUGGCUGGACCAAGACAACGGAGAACCCGAAAGUUUCGAGCUGAGUUAUCCCUUCCUGGUUUUCGACCCGUCCGUUCCGUCUCGUUUCGUCGUGUUUGCGCCCCUCUGGGAGUCGAUCGACGUUGUGCCGAUAUACUCAUGGGAAACCGGACAAUGGACUCCCAGCAGGGGGUGGGGACACAGACGGCAUGGUGCCGUUAGCGCCGAAUGUGUCUUCCUGAAUGGCAUGAUCCAUUUCUUACAUUUGCUUUUCCAUGGAACUUUCAUAACUAUACUAGACCUUGAGGGGGAGGUUUGCCGGAAAAUUACUUGCCCGGAUGGAAUGCAAGGGGCAACAACGCCUGGUUAUGGUUCGGUGGGGUGCUCUCAGGGACUCCUUCAUGCUUGGUAUAUGGAUCCUCAUGAUUACCAGCUCUCCGUGUGGGUGCUCAAGGAUUAUUAUGCUACUGAAGAAGAGUGGACCCUAAAGCAUACCGUCGACGUUCCAAAACUCUUUGAAGAAACGGAAUCCGACCAAGAAGAGGAUUAUCGUCGCCAAGAGGAUGGGUCCUGUAAGUAUCAGAUGUUUGCAAUUCAUCCAGAAUACAACGUGAUUUUCAUUACUGACUGGAAGCUGGUGAGUCUGUCGUACGACAUGGACAGCGGGCGAGUGCAUCCCAUGUGCACUUCUGCAGAUUUCUUUGGUGCUCUACCUUUUAUUCCUUGCUUUGCGGAUUUGGCUCACGGAUGA